AUGUUAUCACCUGUCUCAGGUGUGGCGGGAUCACGAAUAAGAGAUUUUCACUGUGUCUACUAUGGGAAGGAGUACAUGGAAUGCACCUGGGAGCCAGGACUUGUCCAACCUCCAAAUUCACAGCACUACCUCUAUUACUGGCACCGGGAAAUGGAUGAAACAAAGGAAUGUCCAGAAUACAUCGUAUUACCUGAGGGUCGAAGGGGAUGCAGGUUUCCUCGAGAAUCACUCUUGGAGUUCUCUAAGUUUAAUUUAUGUGUAAAUGGAUCCUCUCCAGCAGGAAGUCUGAGAACGGCCUACUUUUCUGUUGAGGUCCAAAACCAUGUAAAACCAGCAGUGGUCUCCUCUGUGCAUGUCUCAGAGAUUGAUGGAGAGCUGAAGUUAGAUUGGUCACCACCUAGUGGUCAGGUGCCAGAACACUGCUUGGAAUAUGAGGUGGAGAGCAGCACUUCGAUGGAAAAUGGCAAAGAAAAGCAGGAAAAGAUGGUUCUUCAGAAUUUAGAGGACACAUCUUAUGGCGUCCCGAGAGAGGUGGAAAGUCAGAAAACCUGCUUUCGAAUCAGGUCAAAGGUGAACAUGUACUGUGCUGAUGGAGGAUUUUGGAGUGACUGGAGCCAAACAAAGUGUACAGAUAAGGAAACUCAAUACAUUCCAAAAUGGACAUAUCUCGGUCUGGUGGGCCUGGUGGUCAUUGGUAUUGCUGGAGUCAUCAUCCUUUGUCUUUCAUUAUGGAUAUUAAAGAAGAUUUGCAUAAAAAAGAUCAACAAAAAGAAUGCCCUCUAUACUUUAUACAAGGAGAAGGUCAACGAGACCAUGCCCACUAUCCUCAGCCCCAUUUUCAAGUGAUGCUCCCUAUGACCUGCUAUGCUGAAUUACCGUUUAGCAGUUCUAGACUGCAGUAAAAGUACAAUACUCAGACAGAGAAACGAACAUGAGAAGUGAGACGUCAACACCCUUAAAGUGAUAGCUGAUAGAACCAGUAGUCUUGUGGAAUAGGUAUGCGGAGACCUAAAUGAACCACAGCACUGACCCGAAAGUAUGAACCACUUUGGUUUAAAAGACACUAUACUACUAUGUGAUGUGUUUACGCACACAUGUGUUACUUAAAGUUACUCAAAGAUUUUUCAAAUGCCAAUGAUCUUGCCAGUUUAGCCAAUUAUUUUUCAAAUGCCAAUGAUCUUGCCGAUUUUGCCAAUCAUCUUGAUAUUUAAGCCAAUGAUUUGUCAAAUUCCAAUGAUCUUGCCAGUUUAGUCAAUGAUUUUUCAAAUGCCAGUGAUCUUCAGUUUUAUUUUCAUAUCAGCUUGUUUGCUGUUUCACUAUGAUGUAUGUCAUGACUCUUUUAGUAUUUGAGUUUAUUUUACUGCUGAUUACAUAAUGAAGGAAUCAGGAGUAAAGAGUAUUCAUACACUUUGGAAAAAAAGUGCUUUUAAAAAAAAAAAAAUAUUAAAAUCAAAUUUUCUUGAAUUUAUAUCCUGUUUGUGUACGUUUUUACAACAGAUACUUUCAAUAAGAACUCUGUAAAACACCCACAACCCACCACUGCAGUGUGCACAGAUAUGCCGUUAAAGAACAUAUUUCCAUUCUUGUUCAAUUCCUAAUCAGAACAUCAAAGCCCUUCCUGUUAAUCAUCACUUCCUGUGCUGACUAGGCCUGGUGAGUAUGUAUGGUGACUGGAAUGGUGAUGUUUGGGUGGGUCAUCAUGAUAUCACACAGUAUAC